CUCCCUCAGUACCUACCCCUCAAACACGGGUUCGACGAGUGGUUCGGAGCACCCAACUGUCACAUCAAGAGCCUGCCUAACAUACCAGUCUAUAGAGAUUCUGAGAUGAUAGGCAGAUACUUUGAGCAGUUCAUCAUCGAAAAGAAUGGGGAAUCAAAUCUUACUCAACUCUACAUAAAGGAAGGAUUGAAUUUCAUAGAGAAGUCAGCUGAAGCCAAGCAACCAUUCUUUCUAUACUGGACCCCCGAUGCGACCCAUGAACCCGUCUACGCCUCCAAGCCCUUUUUGGGGCGUAGCCAGAGAGGACUGUAUGGAGAUGCCGUGAUAGAGUUGGACGAGGGCGUCGGGCAAAUCUUGGGCAAACUCAAGGAGCUUCAAAUCGAUACUAAUACUUUUGUUGUCUUUACGUCUGACAAUGGAGCAGCAACGUAUGCCAAAGAAAAUGGUGGGACAAAUGGGCCUUAUUUAUGUGGAAAGAGGACAACCUAUGAAGGAGGAAUGAGAGUACCAACUAUAGCCUGGUGGCCAACACACAUCAAACCUGGAAGAGUAACCCAUCAAAUUGGCAAUAUCAUGGACCUGUUCACGACAGCCCUUAACCUGGCACACAUCCGACCCCCUAGUGACCGCUUCAUAGAUGGUCAGAGCUUACUACCAGCCCUGCUCAACGGAGAAGAGGAUGUGAAUAGGACCAUGUUCUAUUACCGUGGCAACCAGAUGAUGGCUGUGAGGCUAGGCGAGUACAAGGCUCACUACUGGACAUGGACAGACCCUCUUUCACAAGUUUUGCUUGGAUCGGAUGUGUGCCCUGGGCAGGAUGUCACAGGGGUCAUGACCCAUGACCAGGUUAACCACACCCUCUCUCCGCUUCUCUUCCAUCUUGGACGUGACCCUGGUGAGAAGUACCCCAUCAAGAACACAACGGCAGAGUACAAAGCAGUGAUGCCUAAAAUUGGACAGGUCGUAGCAGAUCACAAGACCUAUCUUAUCCCUGGUACACCACAACUUAACAUGUGUGAUGAUGCAAUAAAGAACUGGUCACCGCCUGGAUGCGAAAAACUCAACAUGUGUCAGGAAGCCCCUCCAUCGUACCCCUACAAGUGUAUAUGGCCUUUCUGAAUAUGAGCUUAUCAAACCUCACACAUACUCCAGAGUUCAGCCAUGCUGGUUGACAUUCUUCUCU